UGCGGCGGAUUCCGCGUUAAACUGCUGCUCGGCUAGUUGGCGACGGUCCCUGGGCUUUCUGAUGAAAUCUCAAACUGCAGCGUAGGACGGACAGAAGGAAGCGACACGACGGCUAAAAUCACCCUUUAACGGAGAAACCGACACGGUAUCACUAUUAAAAGAAGAGUUAACCGUCUAAGCUACCAAAGAAGCCCAGAAAUCGUGUUUUUAGCGGGUUUUUGGCUCUGUCGUGUUCUCUCUCAGUUAAGCUGCUAAGCUAACCUGCUAACGUCACCGGCUGCCGUUAGAAGCUAAAGGACCCUUCAAGCUGCCGCCUUUUCACGGAUCUUAAAACACGUCAAAAUGGCUCUUUGCUGUUCUCCAGGCCUGGAAUUAACAUCGCUUCAGGAUGCUAGUGUGUUUUGUCUUUUUCUGCUUUCCAGUUCUGUCACCGUCUUCACGAAUAUUUCCACCAGAAAGAAGUCCAACCACCACUCCCAGCAGCGCGCCGGCGGAACGGACGAUGUUUCCUGGGCUCCCGCAGGCUUUGGUGGUCGGUAUGCGGGUCAGUCAGAGUAAAGACAAUGUUUGAUGAAAGGACAGUACAGGUUAUUAAAGAUAAUCUCGAUUUUGCACUUUUGAGUUGAAUAAAAUGUUCAGGAAUAUGAGCGGAGAGGCGCAGAGCUCGUCCUCUACAGCCGGGCAUGGAGUCACCUCCGCCGGGCUCGACAGUCAGGAAAGCUCGUGGAUCAGCCUGCUCUCCGUAGUGUCUAGGCCUGUGUCUUUUCUCCAGAAAUAUCUCCCAGGUCGGCCCAGAAACCCGGCCCUGGCUCACCCUGGAGCCGGGUGGCUGAGUGGGGACUUUAAGAGGAGCUUUGUUGAUGAAGAGAGAGAGUUUUUAAGUCAGCUGGAUGACAUCGGAGCUCCACAGCUGACCUACCUUCAGUGUCAGCACCCCGGAGCGGCCGGAGGGGCUCUGUACCCCGGGGGGGCCGGAGGGGCUCUGCCCUGGCUGACCGCCGGUUCUCUGAGGGAGCUAGGGAUUCAAAGUGCAGAAGAAAUGGACUUAAAUCUCUGCCAGCAGACUCAGAUGGGAUAUUUCUCUUCUGCUAGGACAUUUCUCAGUCAUAUUCGUUUGGGCUUGGUGUCUUCUCAGGAAAUAAAACCCACAGAAGGGAAGGACUGGGUGACGGAGACGGUCCGGUCCUCAGUGAAGAGCAGCGGGGGCAAAAGCAGGACGUGGUGGGGCAGCUUCUGGGGAGAUUUGUCCGGAUCCGAGGAGAGGACGGUGACAGGCCGGCCAGCUGAGACAAAUACUGCAGAAACAACUGCUGUGUUUGUCCCGAGCGCCGCCAGAGAGUGGACACUGGGAGAAAACACUGGACCCACUGACCACAAAGAGCAGCCGGCCAACAAUGGGGGCCUUCAGAGAGCCCAGAACACAGAGAGGUCCACACCUGACCAGCACCUCAGCAUCAGUGACCACCUGAACAGAUCAGGAGCUGCCGCCGCCUGCAGUGAGGUGGCAGUUCUGACGCCUGAUCAGGAUAAUGGUUACUCCAGUCUGGAGGAGGAACACGUCCAAAUGUGCCACCUGGACUCGGUGAAAGCCCCGAGAGAAGAGCUGACUCAGCAGGAGGUUGAGUCCAUGGAGACUGGAGCUGCUAUCAUGGAGGAGGAGACUUCAAAGGAGGGAGAGACGACAUCAGGGAAGAAAGACGAGAAGGAGACACAGGAGGGCGAGGAGGAGACGGUGCUGACCACACCACAGUGCCAGAACAAGGCCAUCGCCUUUAUCAUGGGCUGUCCCUACAGUGACGACGACGACGACAGCCAAUCAGACGGCGAGUCUAGCGAUGAUGACGAUGAUGGCUUUGACAGCGAGGGCUCGUCUGACCUGUCGGACUCCUCCUCCGACGAUGAAGACGACGACGCCGACUCGGACAGCGAGGUGGACUCUGAGGCCGAGCGGCUCUGGACCUCACUGUGCCAAACGACGGAUCCAUACAACCCUCGAAACUUCACCGCCAGCCUGCAGACCAGCACCUCGCCACCCAGAACCAUCCCCACCUCCACGCCGCCCUCUUCUGCCCAGUCCACCCCUGCCUCAUCUCCUGACCUCACCCCGCUCCCCCUCUCUUCCCUCUCAGCCUCUCCUCCCCUCACCCCCUCUCCUCCUUCUGGAAGCGACUCCUGGGACGACUCGGCGUCCGCCAGUGAGGUGGAUGAGGCCGAGAGUCUCCGUCUGUGGAGCUCCUUCAGCUGCUCCUCAGACCCCUACAGCCCCUUUAACUUUCAGGCCACCAUCAGGACUAAAGGGCCCGCAGAGGCACCGCCGAGGGCCAGGGCCAGGGCCAAGCCCAGAAAGACCUCCCAUCGCUCCCCUCAACAUAUCCCAACAUCCCCCCCUGAGUACAGGAAGGAGGAGGCCGAGGAGAGGCUGGACAGUGGAUUCUCUGAGCUCUGCACCUCCACCAGCAGCAAAAACAAAAAGCAGGUUCGUUUCUGUGACGAUGUGGAGGAGUUCUUUGCCAGCUGCAGUGAGGGGGAGGAGGACCGCCGGGGCCCCUGGGAGGAGCUGGCCCGGGACCGCUGUAGGUUUCUGCGACGCUGUCAGGAGGUGGAGCAAAGCAUCGCUUACUGUCUGCAGCCGCAGCACCGCAGCCUGGUGUACCAACGCCUCACUGUGCUCCACGUCCAGGACGCUUGAGGGACGUCCGUCUUCAACAUCAGGACGCUGGAUUGACCCUCGAUCUCUACGUCUGAGAGGACUAGGGUUUCCAACAGAUGGAACUGUGGAAAUGAGAGGCUGCGCUUGCUUAGAGAUGCUAUUAAGACAUGAAGAGAGCAGAUGGACAGACUGAGAGCCUCUGAACUUUUCACUGACUAGUUUGUUUUUGUCACAGCGUUUUUAACCUCUGACUGGGGUUCACGCCUCUUUCUACAGCUUUGUCUUUGGGAUGUGGUCAAUUCAUCCACCACAAAUCAGGGCCACUUCAUAACAGACUCACUCAGACAUUACUAUUGGAACUGAAGGGCUUUAUCACUGUGAUGAGAGGUCAGUGUUUUUCUCUCCAGGGACAAAAACGAUGUCUAAAAGUCUGCAGCUUCUUAGCAGUAGGGCUGUUUUCAUGACCUCUCCAUGGUUUCCUCUACUUUUCAGUUUUUGUGCCAAAGGUUACGUCCCUGACUCAGAGAGGAGCUGCUGUCUUCAUCACAAACACUAACAAAGAAAUCCCACAGUAGGGAUGGCCAGUGAUUUUCAAAUAUUAGAGCAGUCAUGACUUUAAAAUCCAGCCAGUGAGAACCUUUAUAUCCAUAAUAUUCAGACAACAGGUGACCAAGUCUUUAGUCACUUCUCAACAAUCCCCAGGCUGAGAGCUUAGCAGAGGAGCAAACCCGUAGGAUGUGGCUGAGCGCGAUAGAGGGACAGUUUAAAUGUCUCUCCCUCUGGCUGAUAUCCAGGUGUUUCCCACACAACGACGCUGUACCUGUGCCCCGCCCUGCUGCAGUCUGUGUAUUCACAUUUUUAUCUGACAGUAUUCAGCAUCAGGCCCUCCAAUAACAGGACUUGUUAAAAGUGAACUGGGUCUUCUGUGCCUGCAUGUGUGAAGGCUUAUUGGUAGGGUUAAUCACAGCUGUCGUUCCUGAGUGAAGAAAUGUACCAUCCAUGAUAAAAGGAUGACGCGAUGGCCUUUAAAGCCUGGUUUUUAACUGUCUAUUCCUGCAGACACACUAGUGGAUGAUCAGUUUAACAUGCGUUUAAAAAAAGCUCUGCUAAUAUACCUGGGCGGUCUGUCCAUGUGUGGCUAGAUGCAAACCUACAGUCAUUUAUAACAAAUGGAAGAUUUCUUUCAAAAACUUAGUUCCAUUAUUUUUUACUGAUGUAUUAAAGUUCAGUACUAUAGCUGUUCAUAGCAAACACAGCAGUAAUGUCCACAAGAGCUGAAGUCCUCUGUUUAACUAAACCUUCGACAGGAACAGGAAGUCAAUGAUCUGAUCAAUGUUUAUACAGCAUUAGGAGACUCUGAGGUCCAUCUCUUAGGAUCUUUGGAUUUCUUCAAACGAGGAUGGAGAAAUGUUCCUUCAAAUGCACGUCCUCUAUAUGAAAGAGGACCUGAAAGAGGACCAGAGCCACUGGAAAUACCUGUUUGAUUAAACCUGUAUUUUAAAUUCUGAGUAUUCUGACUUUACCCCUUUGACAAUGAGACAAUUCUUAUCUAGGGCUCUCCCCCGAAAUACAUUAACACUUUGUAGAAUUCAGAAUUUAAUCCCAGAGUUCUGACUUUAAUCUGCUAAUUCAGACUCUAAUCUAUAGAAAAGGGACUUUAAUCCCAGAUUUAGGACAUUAAUCUCGGAAUUUGGACUCAAAGGAAAGACUUGACGUCAUAAUCCUGAUUUUAAUCCUGGAUUUCUGACUUUGAGAAUGUGGGAAUAAAGAAUGGAGAGUAUUUUUUUUUUUCUAUGGCCCGUGUCUCUAUUUGGACCCGGGUCUUCCGUGUCGUCUUGUUCUGAUCCACCUGUGGAGCGUUUGGAAGAUUUCUCUGACUGUUGGGUGAAAACAGCAGCUCCUCACUGUGACACAUUUAGAAUGACCCUGCAUUAACCCUUUCAUGGCCCUCACGCUGAAAUCAGUCUAGAGAAUAUUCCUGAUCCAGUGUUUCUAUCCUGAGUAUGGUCCGUUUCUCACUAAAGCCAAAGAUCGCUGGUGUUUGAGCAGAGUGUCACUGAUCACUGAUGAUCAAUAAGCAGCAGUAUUGAUCGCAUUAGUCCAGGCUGUGGAGCUAGCAGGAUCUCUGAUUGUAUUUGAUUUAAAAAUGUUUGACUCGUCAGGAGAGUCUGGAGUUUGACUGUCGAUGUGAAGCAGCUGCACGGCUGUCUGAACCUGGAGGAUGAUGAUGAUGAUGAUGAUGAUGAUGAUGAUGAUGAUGUUGAUGUGUCGAACCCAGACCCGGUCUGCCUGGUGGUCUCUACAGAGAAGCUGAGCAGGGUUUGACACGUCCUCCAACACUGACAGAAGUCUCCAGAAGAAAACGGAUGUCUGAUGUUGAACAGUGUUUAGAACAUUACAGACGUGUUUCUGCCCUCUGAUGACUAAUGAUAAAAAUCUGAAGUUCAUGUUUCCCCUAAAAAGAUCUGCGAGCAGCAGACAUCAGCUGGGAUAGCAGAUGAAUCUGUGCUGGUAUUUUAAUCAGAAAGCUUUUUAUUUUUCUAACGCAUCUUCUGGUUGUGGCUGGCUCGUUCUGCUUCAUCAUUUCCUCACAACUGAGUUUGACAAAUAUUAAAUCAAUAUUUAAUGAUCA